UGGGGUAGGUGCAUGGGCAGUGAGUGUGGUCCGGGUGGAAGUCAAAGCCGAGCAGUUUGGUGUGCCCAUUCUGAAGGCUGGACCACGUUACACACCAACUGCCAGCAAUCGGAGCGGCCCAGCAACCAACAGAGUUGCUUCCGGGUUUGCGAUUGGCACAAAGAGCUGUACGACUGGCAGCUAGGGGCCUGGAACCAGUGCGUGCCAGUGUCUAUGCGCAGUGUGGGUGUGCCAAGGCCAGCGGUGUGCACUCGAGGCGAAGAGGGCAUCCAGACGCGGGAAGUGGGCUGUGUGCACAAGUCGGAUGGUGUUCCUGCGGAAGAUGCCAUCUGUGAAUACUUUGAGCCCAAGCCACGGUUAGAGCAGGCUUGCCUUAUCCCAUGCCCACGCAACUGCGUGGUGUCCGAAUUCUCCCCAUGGACGUCCUGCUCCAAGAGUUGUGGGAUGGGUCUUCAGAACCGCUUGCGUUGGGUUUUAGCCCCACCACUUUUUGGUGGAUCGGCUUGCCCCAACCUCACAGAGUUCCGCACCUGCCAGCUGGGCCCCUGCAACGGGGACGAGAGCCUGUACAGCCUGAGGGUGGGACCUUGGGGCCCCUGCAUCACUUCACCUAUACGUCAGGCCCGGGAAACCCGAGAAGAUAGAGAGCUGAAACCAGAACGUAAGGCAAAGCGGGACCGGAAGGCCAGGCAGGAGCGUCAGGGCAAGCGGCGCAAAAACAAAGAGAAAAAGGAGGUGAAGGAAAACAAAGGAGAACGUGUGAGGGACAGGGUCAGGAUGAAGGGAAGGAUGAGGGACUCUGAGACCCGAGAGCUCAUCAAAAAGAAGAGGACGAGGAAUCGUCAGAACCGCCAGGGCUUGAAGUUCUGGGACCUGCAGGUGGGCUACCAGACCCGGGAGGUGACGUGUGUUCACCGAAGCGGAAGCACAUCGGCGCUCAGCCACUGUAACCAGCAGACUCUUCCUGUGACAUAUCAAGCCUGUGUCGUCCCAAAGGACUGUGAAGUGACCGAGUGGUCAGACUGGUCUGCAUGCUCAAAGGAGUGCUAUGAUCUGAAUGGGCGUAAGGGACAGAGGACACGCACGCGUCAGGUGAAGCAGUUCCCAGUGGGUGGAGGGGCUGAGUGUCCUGAGCUGGAGGAGAGUGAACCGUGUUCUCCUCAAGGAGAAGAAUUCCCGCCAUGUAUAGUGUAUAAUUGGCGAACGACAGAGUGGAGCGACUGCAGGGUGGAUGUGCUCCUCAGCCAACAGGACCGUCGGCGGAGCAACCAGACAGGGCUCUGUGGAGGUGGGGUUCAAACCAGGGAGGUCUACUGUGUUCAAGCCCCGACUGAAACCUCAUCUAACCUCAGCUCCCUCAAGAGCAAAGACGCCUCGCGGCCAGUGAACAGUGACCUGUGUCUGGGCGUUUCUCCUGACACCACCCAGCUCUGCCAUAUUCCCUGCCCUGUGGAGUGUGAAGUGUCCUCCUGGGGUGCAUGGGGGCCCUGCACCUUUGAAAACUGCCAGGAUCAGUCCACAAAGAAAGGUUUCAAACUGAGGAAAAGGAAAAUCAUGAAUGAGCCCACAGGUGGCACAGGAAAUUGUCCCCACCUGACAGAGGCAAUCCCCUGUGAGGAGCCCAGUUGCUAUGAAUGGCUGCUGGUGAAGCUGGAGGAGUGUGUGCCUGACAAUGACAAAGCGUGUGGACCGGGAACCCAGAACCCAGUAGUACAGUGCGUCAACAGUGAAGGUGAAUAUGUGGACAGGCAGCUGUGCCGGGACGCCAUUCUUCCCAUGCCUGUGCUGUGUGAGGUGCCCUGCCCCAAAGACUGUGUGCUCAGUCCCUGGACUUCAUGGUCUCUUUGCUCCAAUACCUGCUCAGGGAAGAACUCAGAGGGCAAGCAGACCAGAUCACGCUCCAUUCUGGCCUAUAACGCUGGGGACGGUGGAGGUCAGUGCCCUAACAGCAGCGCCUUGCAAGAGGUGCGCAGCUGCAAUGAUCAUCCCUGCACUGUGUACCACUGGCAGACGGGGGCCUGGGGUCAGUGCAUAGAGGACACCUCCGUUCCGUCUGCUAACAGCUCGCUCAGCCGCACCCGAGCAGGAGACGGCACUAAUGAGGCAUUCUGCUCGGUCGGAAUGCAGACACGCAAAGUCAUUUGUGUCCGGGUCAAUGUGGGCCAGGUGCCACCUAAAAAGUGCCCAGAGAGUCUUCGUCCAGAUACUGUAAGACCGUGUCUUUUGCCCUGCAAGAGAGACUGCAUUGUCACUCCGUACAGUGAUUGGACACCCUGUCCUUCCACCUGCAAGACAGGCGGUGAUGUCAAAAAGAAGCAAUCAAGGAAGCGCAUUAUGAUUCAGCUUCCGGCUAACGGAGGCCAAGACUGUCCAGAAGUGCUCUUCCAGGAGAAGGAAUGUGAUGCCACAUCUGUUUGUCCGGGCUACAGGUGGAAGACCCACAAGUGGCGCAGGUGUCAGCUGGUGCCCUGGGCGAUUCGUCAGGACAGUCCUGGAGCACAAGAGACUUGUGGACCAGGACUACAGGCUAGAGCCGUAUCAUGUAAGAAGUUGGAUGGUGGACCCGCAGACGUUGCGGCCUGUCUGAAGUUUGCGGGUCCUAUGCCUCAACUCACUCAGUCCUGCCAGCUUCCAUGUCAGGAUGACUGCCAGCUGACUGCCUGGUCCAAAUUCUCAUCCUGCGCUGCUGACUGUGUGGGUGUCCGAACUAGGAAAAGAACCCUUGUUGGUAAAAGCAAAAAGAGGGAACAAUGUAGAAACACACAGAUGUAUCCUCUGAGUGAAACCCAAUAUUGCCCCUGUAACAAGUACAAUGCCCAGCCCGUGGGGAACUGGUCCGACUGCAUCCUGCCUGAGGGUGGGCGAGUAGAGGGCCUCAUGGGUAUGAAAGUGCUAGGUGAUAUCAAGGAGUGUGGCCAGGGUUACCGGUUUCAAGCCACGGUGUGCUACGACCAGGACAACCGCCUCGUGGAGACGUCACGCUGCAAUAGUCAUGGUUACAUAGAGGAAGCGUGUAUCAUCCCAUGUCCUUCUGACUGUAAGCUCAGCGAGUGGUCAAACUGGUCCCGCUGCAGUAAGUCCUGUGGCAGUGGAGUCAAAGUACGGUCCAAGUGGCUUCGGGAGAAACCUUAUAAUGGUGGCAGGCCCUGCCCCAAACUGGACCACGUUAAUCAGGCUCAGGUGUAUGAAGUUGUGCCCUGUCUGAGUGACUGCAGUCAGUAUGUCUGGGUAGCAGAGCCGUGGAGUGUCUGGAAGGUCAGUAAUGUUGAUCUGAAGGAGAACUGCGGGGAAGGUGUACAGACGAGGAAAGUUAGGUGCAUGCAAAACACUGUUGAUGGACCUUCAGACCCUGUGGAAGACUAUCUCUGUGAUCCAGAGGAGAUGCCGCUUGGAGCCCGAGAGAGCAAGUUGCCCUGUCCUGGGGACUGCGUUUUGACUGACUGGGGCCCUUGGAGUCGAUGCCCAUUGCCAUGCAGUGUCAACCGUACAAGACAGAGGAGCGCCAGCCCUAUACGUCAGCCUGGGGAAGGGAAACAGUGUCCUUCAACUACAGAGAAAGAAACAUGCACCCUGAACACCAACUGCUUUCAUUACUCCUAUAAUAUUACAGACUGGAGCACAUGUCAGCUGAGGGAACGAGCCGUAUGUGGGGUGGGAUUCAAGACACGUAUGCUGGACUGUGUUCGCAGUGACGGAAAGUCUGUGGACCUCAAGUUUUGCGAGGAGCUCGGUCUCGAGAAAAAAUGGCAGAUGAAUGCUUCCUGUGUGGUCGAUUGCCCUGUCAACUGCCAGCUGUCUGAUUGGUCGUCCUGGUCUGAAUGCUCUCACACCUGUGGUCUUGCAG